AUGUUGAAAUCGGAACCGGGGUCGAGGAACUUCGCUCUCCGGGAUUGCGCCGUCGCUCGCCGCUCAAUCCGACUUUUUGGUGAGUUUUUUUCAUUAUUCUGCUUUUGUAUUCCUAGCCGAAACCAUUUGAAAAAAAAGUGGUUAUUAAAAAAAGUCAUAGAAUAUUUUUCUUCAUCAAUAUUCCCCCUCUAGUUCGAGCUGCUUUGAAAAUUAUCCAAACAAGAGAAAAACAUAAAGACUUUCAAAAAGCGGUCAAAAAAUUAUACAAAAAGCUUCUUCUGUAAAAGCUAACUUCAUCGAGUCUUCAAACCGGCUUUAUUUUUAUCCCCAAGUUUUUUUCAAAAUCUCUGAGCUGUAAAAAGUUUUGACUUAAAAAUAAGAAGCCUUGAUUCAAUCUUGAAAAUUUCCUGCAGGUAUGAGCCCCACGGCUUCCGAACUUCUCCACACCGUGAGAAUUCCCUUGACGUCGCCGACCGGACAUCUCGACGAGUCUGCGAACGUCGAGGUAUUCCUUGAAAAUUGGUUUCGAAAUCUAAAAAAUUUUGAGAUCCAAACUCGACAAGAGUUUUUUUUUAAAUCAAAACUGAUCGAUGAACAAAUAUUCUUGAAUAAUUUGAUUAUUCUGAAUAUCAUCUUUCAUUUUCAAUCUUUUUCAGACCAGUGACGGAGAUACCAGUGCUCGGGAUGAUUCUCUGGUCAACAUCAACAGCGCUGACGGUUCGGCUUCUCCACCUGCCGUCGUCGGCCACGGCGUCGGCCGGCUCAGUUCGAGCGUUGUUUCCAAUGCUACUCGUAAGUUCCUUGAUAAUUUCAGCGAAACUUUUUUCGAAAAAAGAUAUGGAUCACGUUUCAAUACUCAGAGCUCCUGUUGUUUUUCUGUGAUUUUGGAAUGAGAAGUUCAUUAUUUUGUAAACCGAAAACUACAAAAAAUGAAAAGAUAGAUUAUCACUUACUGUUCUUCUGACAUUCACAAAUUUUCAAAGGUUUCCCAAAGGUCGAAAUUCCAGAUCUCGACCCCUCGGCGACUGCUCCGACUUCGCCUGUCCGCAUGAGCGCUUCUCCUUCGGCUGAGGACUCCAACGACGUCAAGGUAAUACAUUUUACGCUAAAAAAAUUUGAAUUUCAUAUCUAACAAGAAUUUUUUUCUUUUGAACUUUAAAAAAACCUUUCUCCAAAAAUUUAAAAGAAAAAAACCAACGGCUUUUUCUUCUCAGAAACCUUUCUACUAUAAUUUAUUUCAACCAUAAAAAAGUUCUCGAUCUUCAAAGUUUCCCAUUAAGUCAUUGAUGUUUUUCAGACUGGUGCUCAUACUGACGAUUCGACCGGCCAGGACAAGGUAAAAUAUCUCGAUUUUUGUCAUUUCUAAUUUGAAUUUUUCAGACCGACUAA